AUGUUGUACAACGCUAGCGCAGGUAAGGCGGACCCGCUGGACCGAACGUGCCGUCGGGCUGACGGGGUUCCCGCCCCCGCAGUGUCGCCCGGCGAGCGGCGGCGGGCGGUGGCGGCCCUGGAGCGACUGGGGUCCAAGCUGGCGGAGAGGGAGGAGUGGCGGCGGCACGGCCUGCGCGUGGCGGCGCUGAAGGAGACCCUGGACAGUCCGCUCUUCACGCACGUGCUCGAUUUGCAGCACGCCAUAGCGCAGCUCAGGAAGCAGUUGAGCGUGACACCUGCGGGGGACGACGACCGUGACUUGGCUGUUGAUACCUUCAUGACGGUGAGCGCCGGCUCAGAAGCGCCUGCCCUCGAGGCCCCGGCCAGCCGAGAGGCCCUGCCUACACUCGGUGCCCCGCCCUCGCCUCAACUCCUUGACCAGUGGAUCAAGUCGGCGGCCGGCGGCCGCCACACGGAGCAUGUACGUUUAACCCGCCCGCCGUCAGGCGGUCUGGGCUUCAGCGUGGUGGGCCUUCACCCGGGAAGCGGUGGCCACGGCGUCUUUGUCAAACACGUCCAGCCGGGAGGCGCGGCCCACAGGGACGGACGUCUCCGGGCACGGGAUCAGAUCCUCACUAUAAAUGGGCACCCCCUGGAGGCGGGCGUCAGUCAGCAUCAGGCUCUAGCUUUGCUGCAGCAACCCGGCGGGACGGUUCAAAUGACUGUUGCCAGGGGGAGUAACUGCGGCGCGACCUCUCUCAAGGAGGAGUGGACCGACGUGGAGGAGAUCCGGUUGGUCAACGACGGCUCGGGUCUGGGCUUCGGCGUGGUAGGCGUCAAGAACGCCGGCGUGGUGGUCCGCACGCUGGUCAGGGGCGGCGCCGCCGACAGGGACGGGCGUCUCCGCACGGGCGACCGUAUCCUUCGCAUCGGAGCCACGCCUGCCAAGGGCCUUGGCAGCGAGGAGGCGGUGGAGGCGCUGCGGGCCUGCGGGACUCACGUCACCCUGCUGGUCGCCAGGGACCCGUGUGGUGGGAGGGCCCCGCCCCCGCCGCCGCCUGACUCCGCCCCUGUGGUCGCUCCACCGCCGCCGCCAGACUCCACCCCUGUGCAAGCUCGGCGGCGUCCUAGCAAGACGCCCAACUUGGACGGCUAUGAGAUCCAUGAAGUGGCGCUCACCAAACAAGAUGGCCAGAGCCUGGGGAUCUCCAUCAUUGGACACAACCCCCUUAGCAGUCAAGACGCGGUGGGCGUGUACAUCAAGAACGUGUUGCCGGGUAGCGCCGCCCAUUACAGCGGCAACAUCCGAGUUCAAGACCGCCUCAUUGCCUUGGACGGCGUCAGCCUCCACGGUCUGACCAACCAGGAAGUGGUGGACGUGAUGAAAGGCACGGGACGCACCGUCGUCCUCACGCUGGUCCGCAAGAAGAACGGUGCCGGCGUAGGUUUUGAAGCCGAUCUGAAGGCCAAGUGGCAGGAAGUUCUCGGUCCCAACUACCAAGUUCUGGUGAUCGAGUUGCACCCCUCAAUCCAAGACGACGACACCCAGCUGCAAAAAUCCUCCAAGCUGCUUCCCGUUCACACGCAUCGCCUGGGCGUGGAGUUGGACUCCUUCGACGGCCACCACUACGUCUCGUCGGUGGUGCCCGGCGGCCCCGCGGAGCGCCACGGCGUCCUCAGACCGGAGGACGAGCUGCUCCAGGUGAACGAGGCGCGGCUACACGGAAUGUCUCGUCGAGAGGUGCUCGCCUUCCUCAAAGAAGCUCCGCCCCCUUUCACGCUGGUGUGCUGCCGGCGAACCGCGUCCCACGCCGAAUCGGACGGGGAAUGGGAACCGCGCGGGAGCGGCCUGGACGACGUACGUCGCGUCGGGAUGUUGGAGAUGAAGUUGGCGUCGGCGCUCGGCGGUCGAGCGAGUGCCUCGCCGGAACGGCGGCAAGCGGAGCGGGCGGAGGAUGCCGAGGAAGAGGCCAUGGAGGACCAAGAUGGAGAUGACCAGCAAGAAGAAGAAGAAGAAGAUGGCGAACUAGCCCUGUGGUCUCGCUCGGUGGAUGUGUUGGAGCUCUCCAAGGAAGCGGGCGGCGGCCUGGGCUUCAGCAUCCUGGACUACCAGGACCCCUUGGAUCCAUCCGGCUGCGUGAUGGUGAUUCGCUCCCUGGUGCCGGGCGGCCCGGCCGAGCUCAGCGGCGCCCUCCUUCCCGGCGACCAGUUGGUUUGGGUCAACGGCGUCCAGCUGGCGCGCUUGAGCCUGCGGGAGGCCGUCGACGUCCUCAAGGGGGCGCCGCCCGGCAUCGUGCGGCUCGGCGUGCGCAAACCGCUGGUGGGUUCCCAACGCGACUUUAGCCAAGGACAAACGCGGGAGGAGGAGGUGGAGCAAGACGAAGGGGAGGGGCUCGUCCCGGACGCCCAAACUCUCCUGGACGAGGGCAGGGAGAUGGCGGUGGAUGAGGAAGAUGAAGAGGAGGCCGGCUCCCUCGGCAAAGCUCCGCCUUCCCCAGACGAGCGGAAGUCAUUUCCGACUGGCGCAGGGACGUACGGGGACACGGACGCUGAUUCGGAAGUCAGCAGCGUGACAGAAGAGGGUUCUAGCAGCAGGAUGAUUGACACAGAGAAGCGGAGGAGGCGGAGCCAAGGAGGAUUUGCUACCACCAGAAAAGGGCAGAGGGACCUUCCCGAGAGAGAGGAGGGUGAAGGCGAGGAAACCCCCGAGUUUAGUCACUGGGGACCCCCGCGCAGGGUGGAGGUGCGCGCCAAGCGCGGCGAGUCUCUGGGCCUGAGCAUCGUGGGCGGCCGCCACGUCAUCAAGCGUCUUCGCAACGGAGAAGAGCUGAAGGGAAUCUUCAUCAAGAACGUGGUCCGCGGGAGCCCCGCCGCCACCGCGCGCUCUCUCCACACAGGGGACAAGAUCCUCCAGGUUUCGGGCGUGGAUCUACGAGCAGCCACUCACGAAGAAGCGGUCGACGCCAUCAAAUCGGCCGAAAGUCCGGUCGUCUUCGUCGUCCAGAGCCUGUCUACGAACCCGCGGAUGGCAAGAUCGGUCCCGCCCCCUCUGCGGGAGCCGCCCCCUUACAGACCUCCCGGCCAAUCGGAGGCCCGCCAAGAUCGCUACGGCGACCUGCGGGGGGAGCUGCUACGUGUGGAACUAUCCAAGGAAGCGGGCCGCGGACUGGGCCUCAGCCUGGCCGGGAACCCGGAGCGCCGCGGCGUCUUCGUGGCCGGGCUGCGAGCGGGGGGAGCCGCCGCCCUCGACGGACGCCUGCGUGUCGGCGACCGCUUGCUGGAGGUCAACGACCGGGUCCUCGAAGGGCAGAGUCACCAGAAGGCCUCGGCCGUCAUCGAGAACUCCGCCUCCGAGGUCAAACUCCUCCUACUCAGGCCGUCGCUCUACGGAGACGGUGCCCGGCGGACGACGAUCACGCCCGCCCCCCCCGCCGCCCGAGGUAACGCGGACACUUCCCGUCGAAGCGUUUCUCCGGAGGACGCGUCGGAAUGGCCACGCCCGCCGGACGGCGACAUGCUCCGCCCCCCCUCGGGCGAAGAUACGGACCCGGAGAGCCACGAGGGCGCGGCCGGCUGCCUCCAGAAGAACGAGAAGGGUGACGAGGACGCGCCGGGACGGCAGGUAACGAGCGCGUCGUCACGGCAACGCUGGAACGGCGCAGGCGUGACUGUCUUUUGUUCGAUGGUCACCCAACGGAAGAGCGAGGGGUCACGCGGGGCGUCCGGGGCCGUUUCGCGUGACGACGACAACGACGACAGUGACGACAUCAGUAAAGGUAGCCCCGCCACCCGGGAGCCGGCCGUCCUCCCCGGCCGAGAGACCACCUUGGAGAUCCGCAAGGGUCGUUCGGGCCUCGGCCUGAGCGUGGUCGGCGGCCGAGACACGCAGCUGCGAGCCGUGGUGAUUCUCGAAGUCUACGAAGACGGCGCAGCCGCCAAAGAUGGCCGCCUGAGGCCCGGCGAUCAAAUUCUGGAGGUGAACGGCGUGGAUCUCCGGCGGGCGUCUCACCAGGAGGCCAUCUCGGCGUUGCGGCGGCCGUCUUCCAAAGCCGUGAUGACGGUUCUGCGGGAGCGAGGUCGGCGGCGACGGCGACGCCGGCAAGACUCCGGCUCGCCGAUUUCCCGCGUCGACUCGUCGGGGUUGACCCCGCGGCGCGUCGUAGGUCACCGCCCCCUCCAAGCCGUUUCCUGCCGACGGCCGGACGACGACGGCAGAGCAAGAAGUGUCGUGACUCCUCCUUCUGACGUGACGUCACAAGAAGAAGAAGAAGAAGGAGACGACGACCGCAACGACCGUGAAGACGUCACCUCCGAGGACGCGGGUGUCCAUCUUCGCACCGUGCACAUCAGCAGGGGUGCGGGUGACUCCCUGGGGCUGAGCAUCGCAGGGGGGCGGGGCAGCCCUCUGGGGGACGUCCCCGUCUUCAUCGCCAUGAUUCAACAUCACGGCGCGGCGGCCAACACGCAACGCCUGAAGGUCGGCGACAGGAUCGUCAGCAUCGACGGCCGAUCCGUGGAGGCCAAGUCGCACGAUGAAGUCGUCGACAUGUUGAAAGAAACGUCCGGAAACAUCCGUCUGCAGGUUGUAGGGGACACCAACGUGGCCGCCAUUUUGAGUCAGGUGGAGAAUUUGUCCAGCAACUCCACUCUUGUCAACGCGGAAAGUGACCGCGCGCAUACACGGUGCGUACACGCCGUCACACCGACCCCUUGACACCGCCGCUAACUCCGCCCCACUCGUAGAGGAGCCAAUCGGCGUACGAUUGUCGUGGAGAAGACCGGCGAGGGCUUUGGCUUCAGCGUUGUCGGAGGGGUCGGGAGCGUGCACGGUGACCUGCCCAUCUAUGUCAAGACUGUCUUCAACAAGGACGCGGCCGACGGCUUUCCAAAACGCGGCGAGCAAGUGUUGUCGGUGAAUGGAGAAAGUCUGGAAGGGGUCACGCACCAGCAGGCCGUGGCCAUCUUGAAGAAACACACGGGAAGUGUCACACUUGAGCUACUGUCCUAA